UGACCAAGGAAAGGGGCGUUAUUUAGAAUUUAGGGACCCUUCAACUGAUUCUGCUCUGUUCUGCAAUUCCAAAUCUAGAGGUGAACGUCAGCAGAGAACCUCGAUCUCCGUACUCGAUCUCAUCGGUUCUAAAUAAUGCCUCUAUUCUACUCAUUCUUCAAAUCCCUUGUGGGUAAAGAAGUAACUGUGGAAUUAAAAAAUGACUUGAGCAUCAAUGGCACUUUGGACUCUGUUGACCAGUACUUGAAUGUAAAGUUGACUGAUAUAAAUAUUCCCGAACCAGACAAAUAUCCACAUUUGACAUCUGUCAGGAACUGCUUCAUUAGGGGCUCUGUGAUUCGCUAUGUCCAGCUACCAGCUGAUGAAGUGGAUACAGCUCUACUACAAGAUGCUACAAGGAAAGAGGCCUCACAGGGAAAGCAGUGAGAACAAUAACUCCAUUUGUGUGUAUUGAGACCAUUCUUUUUGACUAUAAUUAUGUUUUGAUUGCAUUGUUUCUUUGAUCUGUUCA